AUGUCGUUCACAAUAUAUUGGGAAAAACUUGACAAAAAGGUCGCUCAGAGUGUGCAGGCACAACUGAAUUCGUUUUUCACCAAUUUGGAGCAGCGGCCCAUAUUUCUCGGCGAAAUCAGCGUCGAGGGGCUGGACUUUGGCAGCGUCCCGCCGCAGCUUGAGAUACUCGACCUGACAGAACCAUUCCCCGAGUUUUACCUGGCAACGGAGGACGACGCAAGCAACACGAACAACACGAACGCAAACACAAACGCAAACACAGGCGUGUACACGGUACCCACGCCAGCCAGACCCACCGUUCCAACCAACAUCAGCACAUAUCCCGGAGUGGCUGGCAAUGAUCUGCGACGGAGCUCGGAGGACGCUUAUCAGGAGAUCGACGAUGACCUGGAGUCCGUGCUAAGCCAGCUCCCGGGCCGGCCACUCGAGGAUGACAUGCAGCUGACGGCCAAGGUCGAGUACUGCGGCGACAUGUCGGUUGUUUUGCGGACCGAGUUGCAGCUCAACUACCCGGCCACGCAGUUUGCCAGCUUGCCUGUGACGUUGCAUAUCACAAAGAUCGAGUUUUCAGCCAUUGCGGUGGUUGCAUACCUGAAGGACCGGAUAAACUUUUGCUUUUUGGAGCCGGAGCUGCCGCGCACCAGCCUCUUGGACAGUUUCUCAAUCCGCACCGAGAUUGGCGACGCCCACCACCAUGUGCUGAAGAACGUCGAAAAGCUCGAGCAGUUUAUCACCGAGCAGCUGCGCAAGGCCAUCGACGAUGACUUUGUAUUCCCAGCGUACCACUCGUUUGAGAUUUAG